UUUGCUCAGAAUCAUUAGACAAAGCAGAUACUAGUAACAUCCCUCUGUGGAGACAUCUGAGAGGAAAAGCUGGGGGGCACAUAGAGGAAAUACGGUAAUCUGUUCCUCUGCUGCCAGAGCAUUGGACUUGGGACUUAGGAGUGCCAGAUGCGCGCGGGCGUCUGACCUGGGCUGAAAUGUAGCUGAGGUGUUGGCUCCUCUCUUGGCGCACGGGGAAGAGGAGGCGCUGCCGUGACUUGGGAGCUGCGGCCUGUCCCCCAGUUUUUUUCUCUUCUAGUCCUAGAGGACCAGAAGCAAACCUGGAGGUGAGAGCUGAGCACAGCUGGCACCAUGCUGACCUUCUGCUCUGUGAAGAAGCAGACUCCACUGCCGGAAAGCCCGCCACCAGCGCAGAUGAGGGAGAUGGUACCCAGGCCUGCCGAGUCUGUGGGGACAAGGCCACUGGUUAUCACUUCAAUGUCAUGACCUGUGAAGGAUGCAAGGGCUUUUUCAGAUGGUGCAGUGACUUUCAUAGGAUUGUGAGAACUGAAUUUGCAAAGCUCUGCGCCUGAGCCAUCUCAUACCAUUGAUGACUGUGAGCUCCGUCCCCCUCUUCCCAUUUUGGGUAGGACCAGACCAGCAGGGAAGGAGGGCCAUGAAACGCAAUGCCCGGCUGAGGUGCCCCUUCCGGAAGGGCACCUGCGAGAUCACCCGGAAGACGCGGCGGCAGUGCCAGGCCUGCCGCCUGCGCAAGUGCCUGGAAAGCGGCAUGAGGAAGGAGAUGAUCAUGUCCGACGCGGCCGUGGAACAGAGGCGCGCCCUGAUCAGGAGGAGGAGGGGAGAACGGAUCGGGACUCGGCCCCCGGGAGCCAGGGGUCUGACUGAGGAGCAGCAGGCGAUGAUCAAGGAGCUGAUGGCUGCGCAGAUGAAAACCUUUGACACCACCUUCGCCCAUUUCAAGGAUUUCCGGCUGCCCGAGGUGCUUAGCAGUGGCUGCAGGAUUCCAGAGUCUCUGCAGACUCCAUCCGGGGAAGAAGCUGCCAAGUGGACCCGCAUCCGGGAAGGUUUGUGUUCGGUGAAGCUCUCUCUGCAGCUGCGGGGAGACGACGGCAGUGUCUGGAACUACACACCCCCAGCUGACAGCGGCGGGAAAGAGAUCUUUUCCUUGCUGCCCCACAUGGCUGACAUGUCAACCUACAUGUUCAAAGGCAUCAUCAACUUUGCCAAAGUCAUCUCCCACUUCAGGGACUUGCCCAUUGAGGACCAGAUCUCCCUGCUGAAGGGGGCCAGCUUUGAGCUGUGUCAACUGAGAUUCAACACGGUGUUCAAUGCGGAGACUGGGACCUGGGAAUGUGGUCGGCUGUCCUACUGCCUGGAAGACCCUGCAGGGGGCUUCCAGCAGCUUCUACUAGAGCCCGUGCUGAAAUUUCACUACAUGCUGAAGAAGCUGCAGCUGCACAAGGAGGAGUACGUGCUGAUGCAGGCCAUCUCCCUGUUCUCCCCAGACCGCCCAGGUGUGGUGCAGCGCAGCGCGGUGGACCAGCUGCAGGAGCGAUUCGCCGUGGCCCUGAAGGCCUACAUUGAAUGCAACCGGCCCCAGCCUGCCCACCGGUUCCUGUUCCUGAAGAUCAUGGCUAUGCUCACAGAGCUUCGCAGCAUCAACGCUCAGCACACCCAGCGGCUGCUGCACAUCCAAGAUAUACACCCCUUUGCCACCCCGCUCAUGCGGGAGUUGUUCAACCUCACAGAUGGCUGAGCAGCUGCCCCUUGAGCAGGUCUCCCUGGGCAGCCAGAACCAGAGCCUUCGGAGCCGCCGCCCCCGGGACUAGACAGAUGGGUACCGCUGAGAGCUGCGCGUGCCCUGCGGGUCCUGUCCCCCAGGGAACUCACGACGACAGCUCUGACUAUGCUGGCUCGCGCUGCUCAGGGUGGGACAUGGGUCUCCCAGCCCUCGGCUCCGUCUGUGGAGAGGGAAGCCAGAGAGCCUUCUAGGGAGCGUGCGCUGGCCUCUAGGUCAGGCCCAUCAAGAGGCAGGGCCAUCCUCCCCUUAGAAAAGGCCCCGCGGCCUGGGGACUGAGCAUGUGGGAGAUGGAAAAGUGCGACGGGGGCUGGGCCAAAUCCAUUGGCUUCUUGGGUAUUUCGUUGCCACCUCAAGUACCUGCCUCCCAGUUCCAACUCAUUGCUGACCCUGAGGCUCCGUCCUGAGAUGUGAGGUGAGUUUCAGGCCUGUGCCCGUCAGCAGGUGCACUAGUGUCUGCUGGGGUAUUCUGCAGAGAAGCCAGAGGCCUGCACCAAGUAUCAGGUGUUUGUCGUGACCUUCCAUGUGUUAUUCUUCCCUCUUUUUGUGAUCCUCAUUUUGUGUCUCUGUGUCCAUUCAAACACAUUAUCAAGCAGCAACAGUAUGCAACCUGUUCUGGGGUAUACAGUGCUGACUCAGACAGGGAUCCUGACCUCAGGGAGUUUAUAGUUUAAAGAAAACAAAGCGGAAAUACAAAAAGCUUUGGUCACAAAAGGAGAGGUGGUAAGAAACACAAGGAAUGUCCUUGUGUGGAUGCUGAGCUAUGUGGGGUCUGCAUGCUCCUGGGGACACAAAUGAGGGAUCCCUGGAACGUGUGCUCAUGGCAGGAAGGGCACUAAUGGGCUAGGAGCACACGUGUGUGACUUAGUGCGUGUCUGCUUCCACAUCCGAACUGGGGCUUGGGUGUGUUCCUUAGGCUGGAACACCAGGGUGGUCUCUGUGACGGCGGUUAAUAAACAUGCUAGGUGAACAUUU